GAACUCUGAUUGGUUUAGAAGCAUAUACCUAUAUAAAUAUGGACGACCCGCACGUUCGUUUGCAUCACAACCCUUUGAAGUGUUGUCAUUACUCAUUACACAAAGAGGCAAUGGAGGAGUCAAAGAAAUACGAGAGGAUGGUGAAGCAGACAAUGGACAAGAACAAGAAGAAGAAUAACAAAAGGGGUCAUGGCUCUGGGUCAGGAUCCGGGUUGCUUGGGGUGAAGGUGAGGAAGCUCCAAAUACUGAUACCGGGUGGAAAGAGAUGCAACCACCCGGAUCUGCUUUUAUCUAAAACCGUGGAUUAUAUUGUCCACUUGAAGUUGAAGAUUAGGUUCCUUAAAGCACUCUCAGAUAUGUACUCUCUCUGAAAAUCCUAGCACUAUUCUUCUGCUUCUUCCUCUCUUCGUUGUCAUAUAAGCUAUGGUAAGGAUUUUAUUUCUAUGUAUAUCAAUUGUCAUUUGGAGUUUGCUUUAUGUCGUAUUUUCAUUUGUUAAAUUGGUUAUCUAUAUUCAUGUUUAUCCGACAAUGUGUAAGAAAUUGAGUAGUUUGAAAUUCUAAAAUAUGCUUUUUGAA